UGAAUGGAAAUCAUAGACAGUAUAUUACAAUCUUUCCACGCAGAAAGUUAUAUUUUAAUUACCACUGCCAAUUUUGUAUUUUACUUUCAAUAUUAAACCAGUUCGUUGUUUUGUAUAAGAAAGAGGUCCACAUCGAGUAAGAAUUGGAAAGGCCUGAUUUGUCAAUUAAAAAAUGAAGUUUUCGUUUGCCGUGCUAGUUCUCGUAGCCACUCUACAUGUAUCUGCUUCCUUAUCCGUCGGGUCGAAAACCGAUAAAAAGAAGAUGGUUUGUUACUAUGGCAGCUGGGCUGUCUACAGGCCAGGAGCCGGAAAAUUUGACGUCGAAGAUUUGGAUCCCUUUAUUUGCACUCACAUUAUUUACGGAUUCGCUGGACUCGGUUAUGACAACACCAUCAUCUCACUAGAUCCGUACAACGAUCUGCCGGAGAACUGGGGCAAAGGUGCGAUGGUACGUUUCACCGGACUCAAGAGCCAGAAUCCUGAACUGAAAGCAAUUUUGGCUAUUGGAGGAUGGAAUGAAGGAUCGGAAAAGUAUUCAAAGAUGGUCUCUAGUCCUUCCGAGCGAGCCAAGUUUACGUCUUCUGUCGUAGAAUUUCUCCUCAAGUAUAAUUUUGAUGGCUUAGAUUUUGAUUGGGAAUAUCCUGCAAAUAGAGGUGGUGCCAUAGUAGAUAAGGAAAAUUUCAUUCAUAUGAUUGAAGAGCUUAAAACUGCUUUCGCCCCACACGGUUUGAUGCUGACAGCCGCCGUCUCCGCUGGAAAAACAACAAUUGAUACUGGAUAUGAUAUCCCAUCAAUGACUAGGAUAUUGGAUCAAAUUCAUAUCAUGGCAUAUGAUUUUCAUGGAGCAUGGGAAACUUUUACUGGUCACAACUCACCGCUUUAUGGCAAUGAACUCGAUUACGGAGAAUUCGUCGACUUCAAUCAAGAUUUCGCUGUCAACUAUUGGAUUGAAAAUGGAGCUGAUCCUUCCAAACUGAUUUUAGGAAUGGGUCUAUAUGGACGAGGAUUCGUUUUAAACAACCCAGCUGACAACGGUUUGUACGCUCCUGCAAAUCAACCGAUCUCUGCCGGGCCAUACACUCGCGAGGCCGGAAUAUGGGGAUAUAAUGAGAUUUGCGAGAAAUUUGCUGCUGAGCCAGGCCUCUGGACUGUAGUCGUUGACCCCUCUUACAUGUCUCCUUACGCUUAUAAAGGCAACCAAUGGAUAGGCUACGACGACCAAAAUUCUCUUAAGACUAAAGCCCAAUAUGCUGCUUCGAAAGGAUUAGGUGGGGCCAUGGUAUGGUCGGUUGAAACGGAUGAUUUCCAUGGCACUUGUCACGGAAACAACUUUAUAUUGGUAAAAACAAUCUACGAGACUCUGAAUGGGCCCAUCGUAUAUCCAUCUCCACCUACCGGUUCAACCGGAGAGUUUACCACCGAGAAAUAUUCGACCACUACGAGCACUCGUCCAACAACCAUUACCCCUCCACCAAAUCAAACUUGUCAGUCAGAGGGAUACUUCCGUGAUCCGAAUGAUUGCGGAAAAUACUAUCUUUGUGUGGCAAACGGAAGUGAAUGGGUCAUUUACAAUUUUGAAUGCGGAGCUGGAACUGUUUUCGAUCCAUCUACCAACAACUGCAAUUUCCCCUAUAACGUUCCCGGCUGCGAAAACUAUCCUGGCAAAGACAAUUGAAGCGUUUCAAAUUUAUUUUCUUUCGUUAACUAAGCACAACAAAUGCAGACCGUGUUUAUGAAAAAUACAAUUUCUAAGCAGUU